UAAGCAGAUAAAAAAAAAUAUUCCCUCCAGCUACCUUUCUUUUUGGUUUUUUCUUUGGGUUAAUUUUAAGCCAAAACUGAACAACCUCUUCAACCAAACCCCAUAUUCAUAUACAUAUAUAUAGUUUCACUGAGUUAGAAAAAGUUCAAAAAUCAAUCUUUCCCUUCUUUCAGAAUCCAAAAAGAAAAACCCAUAGAGAGAUCUGUUGGGUUGUGUUUUGCUUUGUAGCAAAUUAAGCUUCUUCUAUUUUGUAGUACAAACUAAAUCACCAGGUUUGAAGCAGUAGUUUAGUUUAGGUUUCACGAAGCUGCUUCAAUUCAUCAAAGUAUAUCAGAAAUGAUGUCUCAAGAUGGGCUUUCGAUUCCCUCAACUGUCAAAGGUUUAGCUCAAGCUCAACAGCCAAAUCCAAACCCUAACCCUAAUCCAGUGAAGAAGAAAAGAAAUUUUCCUGGAACACCAGAUCCAGAUGCAGAGGUUAUAGCUUUGUCCCCAAAAUCUCUCAUGGCGACCAACAGAUUCCUCUGUGAAAUUUGCAACAAAGGUUUCCAAAGGGACCAGAAUUUACAACUCCAUAGGAGAGGUCACAAUCUGCCAUGGAAGCUGAAGCAAAGAACAAACAAAGAAGUUAGAAAGAAAGUUUACAUCUGCCCUGAAAAGACCUGCGUUCACCAUGACCCAUCCAGAGCUCUAGGAGACCUCACUGGCAUCAAGAAGCACUUCAGCCGGAAACACGGCGAGAAGAAAUGGAAGUGUGAGAAAUGUUCCAAGAAAUACGCAGUUCAGUCGGACUGGAAAGCUCACAGUAAGAUUUGUGGCACUCGAGAGUAUAGAUGUGACUGUGGAACUCUCUUUUCCAGGAAGGAUAGCUUCAUAACUCAUAGAGCUUUCUGCGAUGCUUUAGCUGAAGAAAGUGCGAGAUUCACCUCGGUUUCAACGAAUGUUAACCCAGCGGCAGCAUCCUUUAGAAAUGAUUUGAUACAUGGGGCCAAUAACAAUGGGAUGCACCAAUUUUCAUCAGGGUUUAGGCCAGAGUUCGGUGGUUUAGAGCUAGUCGACAACCUAAACUCAAAUGGGCAAAAGCCAAGGCUACAGUUAUGGCUUGACGAAGCUAAUUCUCAAGUUAACCCAUUUGGUAUCCCCAGUAAUGCAAACGCUUUCUUAGCACCAAAAUCUACAAGCUUUCCUGACUUGGGAAUGGCACCAAUGAACAUGUUUGGAUCACUGACUACACAAUGGCUCGGCAAGUACCCAGAAGAUGCAUCAUUUGCAGGUGCAAACCUCAACAUGUCAGCAUUGCGACAUGGACCAAAACAAGAAGAAGAGAACAAGGGAGAUUUGUCUGAAUCCAUAACAUCUUUGUAUUCCAACAAUAGUCUCCAACAACAACAACAACAAAACUACACUCACAUGUCAGCCACUGCACUCUUGCAAAAAGCAGCCCAGAUGGGAUCUACAAGAAACAACCCAGCAAUUAAUAACAGUGGCUUUGGGUUAAUGAGCUCCAACACUUACGACCAAAACAAGAACCAUGUUUACAAGCUAUUCAAGCAAGCAAACGACCAAUCUGACAACAUAAACGAAUUAGUGAGUUCACUGUCCUCAAAUCAAGCAACCAUUGUGAAAGACGGGUCUGCAUUAGAUGAUUUAAAGUCGAGCUCAUUUGUUAGAAACGCCAGCAGCAAAGGAAAACAAGGUGGCCAAGCGGUUGUACUUGCAUCGAAGCUGAAUAACACAAAUUCAAAUGAAGUUGAAUUGAGCUUAACCAGGGAUUUUCUUGGCGUGGGAGGUGAAUCAAGCAGACCGUUGUUGCAACAAGGGCUAGCCAAGUUUGCUUCAAUGGGUUCCAUUCACCCAUGGAGUUGAUUUAGAGUAGUGGACACUCACGCCAUGUAAAUCAAACAACGAGUCAUGGACUGGGAAAUGGAGUCUUGUGAAAGGUGAUGGGGGGCCACUGACUGCGGUGGUGGAAGAGACUGAAGAGAAAAAGAGACUUGGCAGUGGUUUGGGCCCUCCAUGCACGUAAAUUUUUCACCGUUUUUAUUACUACUAUAGUUCCUGUGUUUUUUUCUUUCAACUUUCAUUAAUUUGCACCGUCUUUUCAUCCCUUCUACUGUGACGGCUAUGACAAAUUUCCUAGCUGGACUCCAAAUAAAAUCAGACAAUUACCUA